GAAGAAGAAGAAAACCAUUGCCGAGAUCAACUUUCGCGGUUGCACAACAAAACAACUAUCAAGGGACAAAGAACUUGACAGUUGGUAAUAACUCAAAUUAUCAAUAAGUGGUGACGGAUGGUGAGACUGGAGGAACCUUUUGUGAACCGCUCAUCUCAUCCUCCUCAGGCCAGAGUGAUGCCACUUUUCAGAAUGAGACCGCUUUCCUGACACAGGGAGGUUACUCCUUCCCCAACUCGGGCUCUGUCCUCUACCUACCUCACCCCUGACUACUUACCUCACCCCAAGUCAACACCCUAGAGCUUGCUUCCUAACCCAUGAACCCUCCCCUCGAAUUACUACCUCAGCACUUUCCUCUAUGUAAACCUGGUGCUCCCAGACCCUCCUGAGUCUUUCCCCUCACCCUACCCCAAUCCAUUACACCUUCAUCAACCCCUGAGGGGCAUUUAAAAAAGGCAUUACCAGUGCCUACUCCCCGUUGUCAGUAAGGUGAUCUAAGCCUUCCCUCUUAUUACCUCAAACCCUCCUACUGUGUACUGGCACGCAAAGAUGCGCCGGAACUUUGAGUGGCAGAUGUUUGAGUGACGUCCCCACUCUGUCAUGUCAGAGACUGGAGGAGAGGGGUGGGGCCAGAGUGGGAAUCCCACGUCUGUGUUUGCCUAUGAAGGUCAUCAAGGCCCAGAGGAAGGCGGCAUGAAGAAUGAGGGAGAGAUGCGAAAAGGAGAGGAGGGGCAGGGAAGAGAAGAGGAUGAGGAUUACGAUUCGCCUCCAGAGAGGCAGAUCGUGGUGGGCAUCUGCUCCAUGAUGAAGAAGUCCAAGUCCAAGCCCAUGACCCAGAUCAUGGAAAGGCUGUGUAAGUUUGAGUACAUCACCGUGGUCAUCUUCCCCGAGGAGGUCAUCCUCAACGAGCCAGUGGACAAAUGGCCCCUGUGUGACUGCCUCGUCUCCUUCCACUCCAAAGGUUUCCCAUUGGACAAAGCGGUAGAGUACGCCAACCUCAGAAACCCACUUCUCAUCAAUGACCUGAAUAUGCAGUACUACAUACAAGACAGGAGGGAGGUGUAUCGUAUCUUGCAGGAGGAGGGGAUUGACCUUCCUCGUUACGCUGUGUUAACCCGAGACCCAGACAGACCUGAGGAAUGUAACCUGGUAGAGGGGGAGGAUCAUGUGGAGGUGAACGGGGAGGUGUUCCCCAAGCCCUUUGUGGAGAAGCCCGUGUGCGCAGAGGACCACAAUGUCUACAUCUACUACCCCACCUCAGCUGGAGGGGGCAGCCAGAGACUCUUCAGAAAGAUAGGGAGCCGCAGCAGUGUGUACUCCCCAGAGAGCUGUGUGAGGAAGACUGGCUCCUACAUAUACGAGGAGUUCAUGCCAACGGACGGCACUGAUGUCAAGGUGUACACAGUGGGUCCUGACUAUGCCCAUGCUGAGGCAAGGAAGUCCCCGGCCCUGGACGGUAAGGUGGAGCGGGACAGUGAGGGGAAGGAGAUCCGCUACCCUGUCAUGCUCUCCGCCAUGGAGAAACUGGUGGCCCGCAAGGUCUGCCUGGCCUUCAAGCAAACGGUGUGUGGCUUCGACCUCUUGAGAGCGAAUGGCCACUCAUUCGUCUGUGACGUCAAUGGCUUCAGCUUUGUGAAGAACUCCAUGAAGUACUAUGACGACUGUGCCAAGGUCUUGGGGAACAUGGUGAUGCGAGAGCUGGCCCCCCAGUUCCACAUCCCCUGGUCCAUCCCCAUGGAGGCCGAGGACAUACCUAUAGUCCCCACCACCUCAGGAACCAUGAUGGAGCUGCGCUGUGUCAUCGCCAUCAUCCGCCACGGAGACCGCACCCCCAAACAGAAAAUGAAGAUGGAAGUCAGACACACUCUAUUCUUUGAGCUGUUUGAGAAGUACGGAGGGUACAAGUCAGGGAAACUGAAGUUGAAGAAGCCCAAACAGCUACAGGAGGUGCUGGACAUUGCCCGGCUCCUACUGGCUGAGUUGGGGCAGCACACGGACUGUGAGAUUGAGGAGAAGAAGGGUAAACUGGAGCAGCUCAAGACUGUCCUGGAGAUGUAUGGGCAUUUCUCAGGCAUCAACAGGAAAGUGCAGCUCACGUACCUGCCCAACGGACAGCCCAAAGCCUCCAGUGAGGAAGAAGAAGGUCCGAAGGAGGGUCCGUCUCUGCUGCUGGUGUUGAAGUGGGGAGGGGAGCUGACCCCGGCAGGCAGAGUACAGGCUGAGGAGCUGGGGAGGGCCUUCCGCUGCAUGUACCCUGGAGGACAAGGGGACUAUGCCGGUUUCCCUGGCUGUGGUCUGCUUCGUUUACACAGUACCUACCGCCACGACCUCAAGAUCUACGCUUCAGACGAAGGCCGUGUACAGAUGACCGCUGCCGCUUUUGCGAAGGGUCUGCUGGCUCUGGAGGGGGAGCUGACUCCCAUCCUGGUGCAGAUGGUGAAGAGUGCCAACAUGAACGGCAUGCUGGACAGCGACAGUGAGUCUCUGACCGACUGCCAGCAGAGGGUGAAGGCACGCCUCCAUGAGAUCAUGCAGAAAGACCAGGACUUCACUGAGGACGACUACCAAAAGCUGGCCCCUACAGGCAGCCCCUCUCUGGUCAACUCCAUGAAGAUCAUAGGGAACCCAGUGAGGACGUGUGACCAGGUCUACGCCCUCAUCCAGAGACUCACCUCCCAGAUCCGCAAAAGGCUUGAGGACCCCAAAUCUGCAGACCUGCAGCUGUACCACAGUGAGACCCUGGAGCUGAUGCUGCAACGCUGGUCCAAGCUGGAAAGGGACUUCCGGAAUAAGAGCGGCCGCUACGACAUCAGUAAGAUCCCAGAUAUCUACGACUGUGUGAAGUACGACACACAGCACAACUCCACGCUGGGCCUGGAGGACACACUGGAGCUGUUCAGGCUGUCCCGUGCCCUGGCCGACAUCGUCAUACCUCAGGAGUAUGGCAUCAAUAAGCCAGAAAAGAUGGACAUUGCACAGGCCUACUGCCUGCCCUUGAUGAAGAAGAUCCAGCUAGACCUGCAGAGGACCCACGAGGACGAGGCCGUCAACAAGCUGCACCCACUGUACUCGCGGGGGGUCAUGUCUCCAGGGCGUCACGUCCGGACCCGCCUCUAUUUCACCAGCGAGAGCCAUGUCCACUCGCUGCUCAGCAUCUUCCGCUACGGCGGACUACUGGAUGAGGUGAAGGACCAGCAGUGGAAACAGGCCAUGGAUUACCUCAGUGCCGUCUCUGAACUCAACUACAUGACUCAGAUAGUCAUCAUGCUGUAUGAGGAUAACAACAAGGACCCCGGGUCAGAGGAGCGUUUCCACGUGGAGCUCCACUUCAGUCCCGGGGUGAAGAGCUGUGAGGACGAGGAGAACGUCCCUCUGGGCUUUGGCUUCCGCCCUGCCUCCGCUGAGAACCAGGAGAAGCAGACCAACCAAGGCAGUCUGGAGGACCUAUCACAGGACGAGCCUGACCGGGCCCUGCCUCUCUCUGAGCUAGUCAGCAUCAGAAGAUCACCCAUGAUCCGCAACCGCAAGACUGGCUCCAUGGAGGUCCUCUCCGAGACCACCUCCGGCUCCUCCUCCAAGGGCGCCUCCUACCGCCUCUUCCCCUCCUGCUCGCGCCAGUCUCCUGAGAUCAAACCGACUGGCCUAGGGUCCCUGUGCUCGGGCCUCUUCAGUGCCUCUGUCCUGGGGGUGUCCUCUAGCGCCCCCAACCUGCGGGACUACGUCCGCACCCACCACCGCAAACCCCCCUUGUCCCCCGGUUUGCCUUUUGGAGAUGAGCUGUUCUCUAUGCCGGCAGUAAAGAGAUUUUCUGUGUCGUUUGCCAGGCAUCCGACUAACGAGUCCCUAGACGAGCAUCUUGUAGCCCAGCUGCUGAAGGGGCUCGUCACUGACCCGGCCCUCCUGUGUUGCCCUCCUCUGGCCUCUCUGGACAGGGCCAUGGCCCACCACCUGCACCAGUGCCCCUACCACCUGCGCCUCCUCAGGAACUGGCUGGUGUCCGGCCAAGACCUCCCCGAGUGCAUCUACGGCUUCGAAGGCUGCUCCAUGGUGCCCUCUAUCUACCCACUGGAGACGCUGCACAACUCGCUUUCCCUCAAGCAGGUGGACGAGUUCCUCAAUGCUGUGUGUGAGGACAGCAGCGACGCCCACGCUAAGACCAUGAAAGCUCUCUCUGUCUUGUUCGACACGUCAAGCCAGGGGUAUGGCCAGGCACACACCUACCCCCCACCAAAGGCCCUCUCCUCCUCAGAAACUCCUGUUCGGCCCCCCACCCACCCACUAUGCUUAAACAGUGGCCCCCCCAGCACAGUGUCCAGUGCAGGGCCCUCCUCCCCCACCUCGGUGAACCCAUCAAAUCCAGCCAUACACUUCAGCUUCAGUGAGUAGUCCGCAACCCCCUCACUGGAUCCCACAGAGGAACCGCAGGACAACCCAACACCUGGACCUUCAGAGGCAGCCAUUAUUAAUCCAUCCAUCCACACUGUGCCCGUCAACCUAUGAGUGCCUUCAAACUCUUGUUCGUAAUCAGUCACAUACAGUGCUGGACCCUGAGGACCGUUCGUCCUAUUUUGUGGACAAAAACAAACCAAAACCCUCAGGCUUUGUCUGUCCAACCAACACUGCCCCAUUUGAGCGACAGCCAGGGGAGCCUAUGGCCAGUGUCCUCGGCAGGGUAUAGACCCGCCUGAGGCUGGAUGCAUCCCUACAGCCCAUCUGUCUGUCCUUGAUUCAGACUGCCUGCUGAUGUGGUUGCUGAACAGAGACAAUGGGAGAAACUAGAUGUUUUUCCAUAUCCUAUUCUAUAUGGAACCAUAUAUAUACAUAUACACACACAAAAUCUGUCUCUGCAGGAGUACCUCUUUUUUCAGAGACAAACAUAAUUAUUGGCAUACAGGUAUAGUUGAGCCAGUUGAUCAAAUACAGACUGCUUUCUCAGUUUUGUGUGUCCCUCUUUUUAUAUUCUGUUUUAGGGUGACUGUACUUUACGUGAUUUUGGGGGGGAAAGGUUACAAUACAACAGGAAUACUGUACACUGAGUAUACAAAACAUUAAGAACACCAGCUCUUUCUGACAGCCUGACCAGGUGAAAGCUAUGAUCCCUUAUUGAUGUCACUUAAAUCCACUUUAAUCAGUGUAGAUGACGGGGAGGAGACAGGUCAAAAAGGGAUUUGUAAACCUUGAGACAAUUGAGACAUGGAUUGUGUGUGUGCCAUUCAGAGGGUGCCCAACUCAAUAUUAGGAAGGUGUUUCUUGUAUACUCAGUGUAUGUUUCAUAUCGUGUCUACACAGCAUUUUGUCACAAAAUAAUACACAACUCAUAUUUUAUAUACACAAUUGGUUUUAUGUUUGAGUCCCAUGUGAAAUAUAUUUCAUAUCCUUAUCUCAAACAUACCAAAAAUAUAAACAAUACACGUGUCUCAACACCUUACAUACAAAUCUGUGGUAAAUAUGUGUUUUACAGUAUUUCAAGGGUAAACCACUCCAGAGGGAAAUAGCUGUACCCUUUAGGCUUCCUGAGUCUGGAUUGGGUCCUCAAACUAUUUUGAACAUUUCUGCUGUCUUGCCAAAGUUAUGUUUUUAAUGUUAAUUUAAACGAUUGUGUAUCAAAUGAUGUAAUACAUAUUAUUUGGGCAUUUGUAUUGUCCCAGUAGGGGUAAAUAAAGUUGAAUUGAAUAUGUAUUUAUGGUUAAAAAAUUACCUUUUUUAGAAAGAAGGUAUGCAUUGAAUCGUUUAACAAAAACAAUGGUUUUCUUGUACAGUAAUUCUCCAAAUUGUAAAACCAAAAGGUUUCUAUGGAUUCUGAAGAGAACAUGAAUGUCAUUGUAUUUGUAGUUGGUAUGUAGUAGUCUGUAUGCUAUUUCCAGCUCUCAACUGCACUAAUGUCAAACUAGCACUGCUGAAUCUGUAGAACAAAGCUUUAUUUUUCUGUGAGUUUUCUUCAUUGUUUUUCUUGAUAGUAAUGAUUUAUUUAAUGACUGGUGUUUCUAGGUGAAAUUAGGACUGUUUUUCUGUUAUUGUGGUUAUUUACUGUGCCAUGUAAUAUCAGCCAAAGAUACUUGAUGCUGUAUAAAAUCCUCUCCUUAGACGUUGUCUUAUUAAGGUCUAGAAAUAAAACACCAAAAGGUUGUUUUAUUAAAAGUAAUAUUAUCUGAUUUCUGAAGGUUGUGGUUCUUCAUUCGUCUCAGGCAAUAAAAAUCUAUUUUAACAAGUCUAAUAGGGGCACUAUUGUCUGGGUGUGUGGAGGGGGGGGUUGUGGGUGCAGCAAGGUUCACUAUUACAGUGUAGUAUGAUAUGCUCGGUACUCAGUGGCACCACACAUUGGAUCAAAGAUGAUCGUUUGCUUCAAUUAGUUUAAGUUGUCGAUAGUGUGUAAGCGCACCGUUCAUGUGAAUGAUGGGAGAGAAAGAGAUCUUUAACAAGCCUUCAUUGUACAGUUCAGGAAUGCCCAUACAGAGCUUAAAUGCGACAUCACAGAAUCAAUAGGAAAAUAUGAAACCUACUACAUCUUUUUAUUGUGUUAGUUCUCCUCACAUAGGGAAGAGCAGAAAGCCACUGAAGUUGCUAUGUUUUAUUGUGAUUUAUCAAAGAUCGUGUAAGCUGAGGAGAGUCCCACGUAGACCACAUCCUCCAGCUCCAGAGUCACUGCAUUGGAUACAUAGUCAUAACCCCCACUAUUACACGAACCUGCCCACAUUAUUUUCUGCCAGUGCCCAGCUCUGUUUUCUAAAACAGCGUUCUCUCGCUUCAGCUCAUCCACCUGGCUCUCACUGGCUGUCACUCUGGCCUCCAAGUACCUCAGCUCCACGCUCUGUUGCACCACCAUGUCUAGCAACCCUCUCAGCUCAGGUGUCGGGAUGCGUGGUCUCUGUAGUUUCGGUCCUGUGACUGUUGAACAGUGGUGUAAAAAUACUUUUAAGUUGUUUUUUGAGGUAUCUGUACUUUAUUAUUUAGCCUAUUUAAAAAAUAAAAAUCAACUUCUCUACA